GUGCAAUGCUUGUAUACUUGUAAAAUGUUACGAAACUUCGUUUCCUGCUUCCUUCUUGCCGGAGCAUCCUUCCUGGUGCGACCGGCUUCCCCUCUUGACCCUCGAAUCACGAGAGGCAUGGAAACUGACAUAAGGCAACAUCCUUAUCAAUUGAGCCUCCAGCGAAGUUUACGGCAUACUUGCGGAGCCGUCAUCAUCAAUAAUAAAUGGGUUGUCACGGCGGCUCAUUGCGUCGGUUUGUCGGCCAGCGUUUACAGACUUAACGCCGGAAGUAACGACAAAUAUGGAGGCGUCUAUUAUCGAGUUAAGAGGAUCGUUCGACAUCCCGCCUACAAUGGGAUUACGAUCGAUUACGACAUCGCCCUUCUCGAGAUCGACGGCGAAAUCACAUUUAACGAUAGGGUGCAACCAGUGAAGCUGGCAGAAAAGGAACUCGCGAACGGCGUUAUGGUGAACGUUACCGGAUGGGGCGCAAUGAAGUUAGGCGAAGGGCCAUCAACUACGUUAAUGAUAGUGUCGCUUCCAAUUGUGAGCAGAGAAACGUGUCGGAAUAUAUACUGGCAUAUCCGAAGUGUCACCGAGCGAAUGAUCUGCGCGGGUUACAUGCACGGUGGUCCGGAUGCCUGUGAGGGUGAUUCGGGCGGACCCCUUACCGCCAAUGGCACCCUCUAUGGGAUUGUAUCCUGGGGAUACAAAUGUGGUCAGCCGUUUUAUCCCGGUGUUUACACCAAUGUUGCGGAUCUUCUCUGGUGGAUAAAAUGGAUCGGCCGCAUUUAACUUUUGACGAUUACACAUCUCUUGUUGUGCGUCUCAAUUUGCAGCUGAUAGAAUAUUAAAUCUGUACACCUGAUAUUACUUGAUAACAGGGAAUUAUCCUGAGUGAAUUGCAAAACUUCGAAUAGCAGGAAUUUCUAUAGUGCAUUGUAAUAUUAUUAAAAACAAAUAUGAUUAAGGCAGUUUUAAUGAGUUGUCACAUCAGAUGGCUUUAAGAGAAAGAUGUAAGUAAAACAAAAAUAUUAUAAUUCUAUUUACUAAUAUUAAAAUGUAGAUAAAUUAGCAGAAAUAAAAUAAAAUACGCAGUGAGUCACAAAUAAAUAUUAACUGAUGAUAUGAGAAUCGAUGUUAUUGCAAGUAUCAACAAGCUUGAGGUUUUUAAUUUAAUAAUAUAACGAUAAAAAUAU